AUGCCGGUCCCGUCAUUAUUACAGUUGGCUACGGCCACCGCUAUCAAACAUGUCAAGUCUUUGGACGAUAUUGGAGAGCUGCCUUACAAGCUCGUUCGUCCUAUCCUUAUGAAAGUGGAUAAUCCAGAGAAGCUGCACGCUAUGGAACUCCUCUCCCCACAUCUCAUCGGCGAGGACCAAGAACUAUGGAUCGACUUCAUCAAGCGCGACAUCCCAGAAUGGGACCGCAUCCGACAGGAGCUCCCCAAAGAGUCAACCCAAUGGUACGAAAUCUACUGCGACCUUCGCGAAGAUGUUCAACGGGCUCUGGAAGCCGAUGCCGAACAAAUGAAGAUGGCACUGGACGGAAUCAAGUCAGCGCGAACACGGUUGACACCGAAGAUCAUUUCGGGGGCUCAAGCUCGUGCAUCGCGUUCGUCAAAAUCGAUAUUCCGCCCGCGCCCCUUCUCCGGGUUCUCUGGGGUUUCUGCUGCCGAUAGGAAGAAGUCCGCCAUAUUCAGCGCGCCGCGGAGAAACAACGCACUGGCUGUCCCGACAAAGAAUCUCAGCAACCGUGCAUCACAGGUCAGGAAAGCCCCGAGAUCCCUCAUCGAAGAGCAUCGGCAGCCAUCUGGAGCGCCAGCCAAAUCUCCUCUUCCGAUGAGGCGAGAUCAAGGGGCGGAGGAACCUAGUGUUUCAGACCGCUCGAGACCGAUAGUGCCAGGUGGCUGGCAACCGCCCAUUCCCUCUGCUCUGGCUGAGAGGGAGGCCAGACUUAGAGCCGCUAAAGGUCAGCCGCCCGGUUCAGAGGGCACAAGGCAGCCUUCCAGUUCUCGUCCGUUGCCACCAUCAUCUUCGUCCAGGCCGACUGCUUUGAAGCGCUCUGCGGAGUCUCCGCUGCCGUCGCGGAUGGCUUCGUCAUCCGAUUCUUUGCCUAGGGCAUCGAGUCAGAAUAAUGGACCAUCAACUUCCGCCCCGGCCCCUGCGCGCCCAGUUAUGCCCGUUCGGAAAAGACCCGACAGUGUCUUUAUCCAGCCAAAGCGGCGACGUGUUGAUUGA